GGAUUAGCUGUAAAUGAAAAAAAUUGCUUCGAAAUGCUUUGAUUUAGUUGAGAAAUAUGACAAGCAAGGCCAACUCAAUCGUUGAAAAAUAUUAAGACUGUAGGGAAAAAAUUCGGUUACCACUAACAACGAUCAGCAAAGCAUCGAUCAAUAAAUCACUUUUGUAUUUCAAAUGUUGACUGUUUGUCAAACAAGAAGCAACGGCGAUUCGAUUGCGACAAUCAAGUAUCUCAUAUUGCAUUAUCGAAAUUGACUGUUUUUUUUGUCCAAUUAUAUUCCGUUUAUUCGUCAAAUAAAAACACUGAACAAGGACGACAAAAAAUUGCCAUUGUCGAUUUAUAUUCAAUUGUAAUGAUUUCUCCGAUGUUACAGCAAUGAAAUAAAAUUUUAUUACAAACCACACAUCUAGUUUUAUGCGGCUUUGGAACAUUGCGCUUCAAACAAUUGAAUUCAUGUUUUCCUUUUUCCAUUUUUGAAUCACGCGAAUUAUUUUUUAGUUUUCACCGUAAAAUACUGAAACAAUGUAAAUCUGUGUUGUUGAAAGAGCACUGAACGUAUGCACUCGUUGCGUUUAGAUCAUCGGUUAACAGUUUGGUUAGAGGUAACUUUGACAGUUCCUUACAGCAACACCAUUUAAGAUACUGUUCAAUACCAUUCACUUUACUUGAGAAAACAAUGUAUGCGUAUGGCACCAAUUUUUAUUACUGAUUAAAAAAAAUCAUUAUUUUCAAUAAGUUUCGAGUUGGUAUUACAUAUCUAUGUUGAAUUAGUACUGUACUAAUUUCGUUGGCUCUGGAAUGAAUCAACGAAACGAUUGACGUAUGCGGCCACCACCACCGCUGCUGACGUAUUAACGAUAAAAUGUAUUUUGCUGAGUUGCACAUUUGUAUACAGUCGACGUUCGCCAUUUCUGUUGAUCCAUUCCAAUAGUCUGAUUCAUUAUAUGUGUUUUAUCUCCUGAAAUCACUUGUUGCUUACGUUGCGCGUCGAAAUUGGCUAGCAUAAUCCCAUUUCGAUUUUUGAUUCCACUAUCAAGAAGUUCAAGUAGCAAUUUGAAAAGAUAAACGUUCAUCAUGGGUGCCAAUCAAAGUGCUGCGCCGAAGCGUAUGACUUGCAGCAGCGUUUCAGACUUGCUAAGCAGUUUGAAACGUAACGGCACUACGUCCGAGAAUAUUGUGUUGGCUAAAAUGAAAUUUGACAAGCCGAUUGCGAAUCUGCCAGUUUUGCCGGGCGUUUUGAAGGUCUCGUUUUUGGACUCGGUCAUCAAAAAUGAUAGCAUUUUGCAAUUCAAUCAAUGGUGUCCAAAUGUUGCCGAACUGGCGUUUAUUCGUGUGAAAUUUUCGGAACGUGCUUAUGAGAAUUUCACCAACGGUGGUAAUACAUUGCCAACGGUCAAAAGCCUGACGUUUCACUUCAAAUACGACAUGGAAGGAUUCGGUUAUUUCAUCCAGGAAAUGGAUGAGAAGCUGCCAUCGCUGGAAAAUCUGGCAUUGAUCUUGGUUGCGGCUGAUUCCGAUGAAUAUGAACCAAUGUGGGAUGAUGAACAGCCGUAUGAACCGAUUUACUUCAAAAAUCUGAAGAAACUAUCACUAAUCGCAUUUGGUGAUGAAGGUGAUCGUGUUUUUGAUUACAUGGACAUUUCCAAUGAAAAACUGGAAGAGCUGUCGUUCACUGCAAUGGGGUUCACCAAAGACAACCUAAAAUGGAUCAAAUGCUGCGAACAGUUGAACAAAUUAACCCUUGGUUGUCCAAGCCUUGAAGGAAACGACCUAAAACUGUUGAAAGGCAUGAAAAGUCUGAAAGAGCUCCAUCUGGAGAUCGGUUCGAUUGAAUGGACUCCCAAGAAAAUGAUCGAGAUCAUGCGGAACAACGGACAACUCAAGUUGCUUUCCAUUGAAUGUGAACGCAACAAUAAACAGCUAACGUUUGAUGAUGAAUUCAAGAAGCUGUUCGAUGCAUUGGUUCAAAAGCGUGGCGAUGCGACGAUUAAAGUGACGUUCGGUAGUGGUAAAUCCAUGCGACAAAUGACAAUUUCGGAAGAAGGCUUUGAUGAAACGACACCACUGGUUGAAGCUGAAUCGGACGAUGAAGAAUUCUACUUUGAAACUGAGGAUGGUUCGUCGUCGAAUGAUAUUGAUAGCGAUUCGUCAAGUGAAGAAGAAGAGGAAAAUGAGCAUUGAGACCAAAUGGGAAAAAAAAACAUUUGCGUUUUUUAAAUGCAUCCGUAUCCAAUUUUUAAGGCUUAACAUUCUCGAAUAUAUAACGGAAGUUGAAAAAUCUUCGAAUUUAGCAAAAUAUCGUAUCGAUACGAUAUGUUUUAGAUUAGUUUAUGCUGAAUUCAAUUGCUUUUUUCUUAUUAUUUCUUUAAAUCAUUCAUUAGUUCUUGAAAAUUCUCCUACAAAGUAUUCAAAAUAUCGUUUCCAAACGAUAUAUUUUAUAUUAUAUCAUGCGAAAUGCAAUUAUUUUUUUAUAAUAUUUCUUGAAAUACCUUCAUAAGUUUUUGAACGUUGUUCUCCAAUUUAUUCAAUGGUUAAUAAAGAACAGUUCAUACAGAAA